CCCCCCCUCCGCCGCCGCCCCCACCGCCGCCCCCGCCAUGAGCUCGCGUCUCCGCAGCGGCUCCCUGAUCCCCGACCCCUCGCCUCUGAUCCCUCUCCCGGUCCGCGGGCUCCGAGCUGCCAUCCCCGGUCCUGACAGCAGCUCCCUCGCUCCUCUCGCAAGAGCCCCGCUCCCUGAUUCCCGCUCGACUCCCUCCUCCCGAAUCCCCGAAUCUCGUCCCUGAUUAUCAUCAUCCCGGUCUCGGCUCCUGACACCGACUCCUGCGCUCGUCCCUACGGCACUGCCCUGAGUUGCCCCACGUGGGCCCCGGGGGGCCAUGGUGCGCAAGAAGACGCUGCCCCUGCGCACCGUGGUGGCCCCCGCGGGCCCCGAGGACCCGGAGGCCGCAGCCGAGCCGGGCCACGCGGGCGGGGAGGCCUCGGACCCCCUCGCCGACCGCGCCGACGCGGCCCCGCGGGGUGGCGUCGGGGGUCCCUGGAGCCCCGAACUCGACCGGCCCGGCUCCCCGGAGGGGCCCGGGUCCCGGGACGAGGCCGGGCCCGACCCCGCGGGGGCCCCGCCCGGGCAGGACGCCGGGGGUGGCCCCUCGCCGGGAGGUCCCGACGCGAAGGCCCGGGGAGGGUCGCCGGCGGCGGGCGCGCCGGCCAUCGCGGCCUCCACGCCGCGGCUGCAGGACUUCACGUGCGGCGCCUGCGGCUACAGCUACCUGGGCGGUGACCCCGCCGACCUCGUGAAGCACGUGCGUCGCUUCCACCUCGGCCUGCACGCCCGUGGCCGGGACCCCGACCCCGACGGGAGCCGGGUCCUGGCGGCGGGGCCCCGCGCCCCGCGCCGCGUCCCAGAGGUGGGCCCUGCCGGGCCCCGCGCCGUUGAGCGGCAUCUGCUGUUGCUAAGGGAUGGGGCCCAGCCCAGCCCGGGGGCCCAUGAUGUGCAGGUGAUGUGCCGAGGAACUCACGUGGGCAUCGGCCGCAAGACCCCGGACUGUCAGGGCGACACCAAGUACUACCGCUGCAAGUUCUGCAACUUCACCUACCUGGGCAGCUCCCCGGCUGAGCUGGAGACCCACGCCGUCUCGCUUCACCCCAGCAAGGUGAAGGCCGGCACGGGGCCCGGCGUCGGUGGCAAGGACGCCUCCUCUUCCUCUUCGGAUGUGCGGCCGCGCGGCCCCCCCGUCGCCGACGCCGAGGGCCAGGGGGCGGUGACGCGAGGCCCCUGCCCGGGCCACGGCGGCACGCCGGGUGCCGUUUACGUGUGGUGCGGCCUCUGUGGCCUGUGCGGCGAGGCCGAAGCCGGGCGGGGAGCGCCGCGGGCCCCCGAGGGGCCCCGAGGGGCCGAGGCGGCCGAGCUGAUGGCCUGGAGUGCGGCGGGUGGAGAGGGCCAGGCUUCGGUGAUCCGCUGCCCCGGUGGCCUCGAGUCUCCCGGGGGGCAGCAGCAGCCCAGGGGUGGCAGGGACGCGCACGGAGGAGACGGAGGAGGGGGCCGCCUGCUCGAUUGCCGGGAGUGCGCCUUCAGGACAGCCGACAGGACUGCCCUCACCACUCACUACAGGAGGACCCACUCCUGGCUGCAGUGCGGCCACUGUGACUUCGUGACGGAUGACUCGGCGGAGCUGGAGGAACACGCAUCCCAGGGCCACCAGGACGGGCCUCCCCGCUCGGGCCCCAACGCUGGCCUGGACCCCCCGCUCGCAUCGCAGCCAGCCCUGAGGGCCCUGCAGAGGCCCCACGAGGCCUUGGGACCCCUAACUCUGACCCCUGAACAGCCGCCCCGGCAGCGACCAGGACCCAACUCCCCGCCUAUUUCCUCUGCCAACCGGCCCAUCGCUGGCACUCAGCAGCACCUGAAGCAGCAGCAGCAGCAGCAGCCACAGCACAAGAUGAAGGAGGAGCUGCCCUCCCUCAUGAGGAGGCGGCGCGGGGCGGGCGUGUCGUGCGCCAACUGCCUCACGACGCGGACGUCGCUGUGGAGGAAGAACGCGAGCGGCGGCUACGUGUGCAACGCCUGCGGCCUCUACCAGAAAUUGCACGCGGUGAGCGGCGCCGCGCCAGUUAAGACGCCGCGGCCCCUCAACAUCAUCAAGCACAGCAACGGUGAGCAGAUCAUCCGACGGCGGACACGCAAGCGUGUCCACCCCGAGCCAACGGACGUCGUCGCCGCCGCCGCCAGGCAACUCAAGUGGACGUCCACUGACGACGGAGGCCCAGGCGGCAGCGGUGUUGGCGGCGGCAGCGGCGUUGGCAGCGGCGUUGGCGGCGGCGCUGGCGGUGCUGGCGGUGCCGGCGGCGCCGGUGGGGCUGGCGCGGCUGCGGCCACCAAGGGCCCGCCCGGCAAACACGGUGAUCGCCCGCCCCGCGUGGCCACGCCGCCCUGCCACCCUGGCCCGCCCAGGCCGCUCUUCUCCGUGGCCGAAGGUCGCAGCGGCCCGUGCUCGGAGCGGCGGCAGCAGCAGCAGCAGGCGGCAGCGGCAGGGCCAGGCGGCCUCCGGGCCGGGGACCAGCUGUGUCGCACCAGCCCCCCGGAGGACGGCGGGGGUUCGUCCGAGCGGGGCAGCCCCAUCGAGAAGUACCUGAGGCCACCGGCACGGGCGGGCGCCACUCCGCCCGGCAGCCCCAUAGAGAAGUACCAGUUCCCGGGGCUCGGACUGCCGGUCCCACCAGGCCACGCCGCACCACCACCCUACGCCUACCCGGACAGCGAGUGGCUGCGCUUCUGGUCCAAGUACCGCUCGGCGCUGAGCGGGGGCCCCGCCGCUCAGCUGCUGGUGCUGCAGCCCACGGGGUCCCUGCCCUGGGACCCAGCGUACCCCCCCUAUGCGCUGGGACCGCAGGCGCUCGCCUGCGCCGACGCCAGUACCAGUGGCGGCAUCAGCAAUGCUCCGCUAGACUUGGCGGUGAAACGAGCGCCGGCGGAGGAGGCGGAGGGGCGUGGUGGGGCGCCGGGACGACGGUGGCGCGGCGGCGGCGACGACGGCGGCGACGGUGGCGCAACGACGGUGGAGAGGGGCACGCAGGACGAGGCUCCCCGCUGCCCGCACUGCGGCGUCCUCUUUCUGGAUGCCGUGCUGCAUGCGCUGCACAUGAGCUGCCACGGCGACGGAGGCCCCUUCCACUGCGCUAUCUGCGCCUACGCCUGCGCCGACAAGUACGACUUUGCAACCCACAUCCAGCGCGGCCUGCACCGCCCUCCGCCCGCCACUCCGGCCAGCCCGCCUGCCAGCCCGCCCGCUAGCCUGCCUGCCGGCCUGCACGCCAGCCCGCAGGUUAGCCCGUGUGUUAGCCCAAAUGCCAACCGGCACGCCAGCCCGCGCACCGGCCCGCACGCCAGCCCGCACGCCAGCCCGCACGAUAGCCCAAAUGUCAACCGGCAGGGCAGCCAGCUCUCCAGUCCCUAUUCUAGCCCACAAAGCACCCUCUACAUCAGUCCGCAUGCCAGCCCACCAGCCUGCCUACGAACCAGCCCCCCGGGCUUUCCAGCCGCUAGCCAGCGCAGCAGUCCAUCCACCUGCCCAUCGGCCGGCUCGCCAGACGGCCCACUCAUUGGGUCGCCCGUCGAAGAGAGGCCUUCCUCGGGGACCGACCCGGGUGGCCGCGAGGAGCUCUAGGUGCGAGGAGCGGGGACUUGAGCAGAGGGGCGGUGACCCCGUCGCGGAACCCGGCGUGCGAGGACAGGGCUGCGCUCGGAGCCGGGAGCACGCUCGCCGGCGGCGUUAAAUUGGCUUCGCUAAUUAGAAUGCGGUAACCGGACUUAAGAAUCUGCAUGCCCACCGCCGUGUCAGCCAGCAGGGUCGGCAGGAUGGCGCGAGGUCCGAUAUGUUUUGUGACCCAGGCACCGCCUGCACUUGGCUGUGUGAAACUCCUCCGCGUCGGUCACGCGGAGCGGGAGGCGUCGAAAGGAAAACCGCCCCGAGGGGUGUGCGGUGAGUGACGCAGCCUCCUCUCCCCUUGGUCCGUGAGCCAAAUCAGAAACCGGUAACACCCUAGGUAUCAAAACGUACCGCAAACACUAGUUAAUUACUUGAUAACCCCACUAAUAUCAAACGGUUAUCGAGUAAUUCACGUACAUAUAUUGGAACUACUAAAGUUACUAAAGUUAUUCCACCUCUGGUGGUGUACCAACGAGUGAGAUAUCUGCCUUGGCUCACAGACUCCCUCCCCCCGUGGCUGCCCCCGUCACCACAAGCCCCCCGUGACACCUGCAGAGCGCGACGAAGUGGCAGCAGCAGGAGCCGUUCACACGAAAUGGUGGAGGCGUCUCGCUGUGAGGGAUGCCGAUGGAUCCUGCCUCCCUCCUCUCCUUCAUCUCUGUGCCUCCCUCUCUGCCCCCCUCCUCCCUCUCAGGCUGCACAGCCACCACCUUUGCCUGCACUGUUUGUGUCCGAGUAUGUUUAACACGAAAGUGCUCUCUCUUUCUCUCUCUCUUUCUCUCUAUAUAUAUUUGUAUAUUUUUUAUUUACGCAAAUUGUACGCGUUCCACUGUUUACGGCCGCAUUCGCCACAGACGAGGCGUGCGGCGCGCCUCCAAGAGGUGCGCCAGGGAGCCGUGGGGGCCCUGCCUUAACCUCCGAGCCCCAGCACCCGGGGCCCAACUUUGCACUGAAGCCCCCCCCCCCCCUCUCCCCGAGUCUCCAGAGCGGACGCCUCGCGACGGUGAUCUCGGCCGAGAGAGACUCGUGGCUACGCUCACAGACACCCGCCGGCCUUACGGAGCACGGCCGGCGAGCGCCAACUAAGGCGCGAUGUGGUGGGGUCGGCACGAUGCACGCUCGGCCACCAAGGCCUCCCCAGUGCCGACGUUUACACAACUCGUGCCGGACCACAGAGAGGUCGGGCAAGGUUUGUGGUGCACGAUGGGCAAAAAUGUAGCGCAUUGUGUGUCAGCCACGACACACAGACACGCACGAUGACACAUGGAGACACGCAGUCGCAUGCCACUAAUUAACGCUCAAUGUUUGAGUCCGCACGAGGGGCAGCCGUAGGGUGAGAGUCCAAUGGACUCCAUCGGUUCUCAAGUCACUCUCGCCAGCUGGGUCGCUCUCAUUGGCUCCACGCUCACGUCCGUUAUACAGAACCACCGGAGGAAUUUCCGCGUUGCUGUGGAGAAGCCCGGUCUAUAGGAUUCCAUGAUGUGUACAACGUUGUGCUCAUUUGAGUGGCCCCAAAACAAUGAUGAUAGGCUGAGCCAAGCUGCAUUAAAUAUUGUGUGAAGCGUGAUGAUUCGAGCCACUCUACCACCCACCACUGGCCACAUGUCCCUCACUCACUACACACAUCACUCACUACACACAUCCCUCACUGCACAUGUAACUCACUACACGUGUAACUCACUACACGUGUUCGCUACACGCAUCGCCCUGUGCCACUCGCACCUUCAAUACAGGCCAUGAAACCGGUCACACUGACUGUGCCGUGAACGACACCGACACGCACCUGCCAAUCGAUGUGAGGGCCUUCCACUAAGAAACACGAGCAUUCACACAGCGUUUAGUGACACGCACUCGUCCCAGCAGCCACGAAAUUCCUCAUGCAUUGAAGCCGCGUGGUUGGUGCCCAAGUCAAGACUGCAUCGCUCCCUUCCCGCCCCUUCACUGUCAAAGAUACGACAGAGGCAUGCAAGCAAUCCGCUGCAUGGCAGCUUAGACAUUCGCAGGCGGACGAGUUUGAACAUAGCGAUGGACGACGUUGCCUUUCUUGGGAGUGAGCAGUUGUCGAACCGCUGUCCACGCUCCUCCGCCUGUCUCGGAGGUCCCCACAGAUGGCAGUGCGAAGGGGCUGCCUCCAUGCUGUGUGCCGGACGGCCGAGAUCUUCCCGUGCUGAACGCCGCUGCCCUCCUCGACAGUCUCGUGGGGUUUCUGACAAAUGUCAGCCUGUGGUGCUCGGACAGAUCACGAUGCUGACUGCACCUUGUUGACUUUCCUGGAAACCAAAUUCUGUCGCGCCUUGCAUGUCCAUAUUUUUUUAUUUUCUAAAGUUUCCAGCAGGGGACUUGGUUUGAAGCCCUGCAGGAGAACCCGGGAGUUUCCAUUCGGUGUUCAAGCACUCGCCUCCUGGAUCAGGAUUGAUCCGGGUUUCAUUGGCGGUGGUGAUGCGGGACGAGGCUACAUUCACUGCCUCCACACAGGAGUCUGGAGGGCGAGGCAGGAGUUAACAGCCUACCCAACGUGGCCAUCAUCGUGCGUACAUUGUUACCCGCCUGUUGUCUAUACUCAGGGCUCAACACGAGUCGUGUGGCCCGGAGUUUGUCUCAACCAGGACUCGCACAUCUGUCAUCUUGGCACAUGUUCCGAUUGCAUCUGAUCCACCCAUUCACAAACUGCACAACUCGCAGUCGUCACUGUAUUGUGGCUUUAUUCUUUGUUCCGUUCCACUUGUCCACACGCUCACGACGAAACAUAAACAACAGCAACAACUUGCUGCUAGUACUGUAUGUGCAAUCUUGCAAAGGUGCCGUGCCAACAGAUUGAAACGCGUGAUGUGUCUGCCAUCUAGUGGUAACAUCGGUACACGCCGAGUCGUCGCGUAUCCCGGCCCCGUGGCGCAGCGGUCGAGCGAGCGUCUCGCACCCACGAGGUCCGUGAAAUGAGCACCACACAGUGAGAAAGUCAACAGUGGUUGUCCGCUGGAUAGCCUCGCCCCCGCCAUAGACACGAACCUUGAGUCCCACGUCAAAGCUCAACGCGAGCAGGAAACUGCCUCUCUGCCCAGUGAAUCAUUCGCCCCGCAGUUGGUGCCAAGUUCGCGUUGACGUCAGUCGCACGACUGUGACGCUGCCGUGAUACCCGAGUCACGAAUUCGCUUGGCGUUGACACGACGCCGAGUGCAGUCCCUACGCGCUAGGAGGAGAGGUCGCGUGAGUGUGGUGAGAAUCCGGUGAGAUGCUGGCGAGUGGUACGAAUACGGAGAAUCGGGUGAGAGUGGUGAAUAUCUGGUGAGGUUGGCAGGAUGCUGCUGGGGACCUCCAUCCUGUCAAGACGUGAGUGUCCCUCUCAUCCCGCACGCUGCAAUAUCAUCGCGAUCGCUGCAAUGACCGCGUCACGACGAUGGGUAACACGAGAAUGUGGGGCUCAAUCAUUCAGAGUUUUGCACAACUAUACCGUGGUUUCCCUGCCUCGUGUGAGCUGCCAUUUUCAGCUGCCCUUAUCUCGUACGAAAUGUCCUUCCAUAACAUCAGUGUCCGUUCCCUGUAAGGGAUUGCCCUUAUGUGCUAUCAGCUGCCUUUCCCUGGUACGAGCUGCCCUUCCCCGGAAUGCACUGCCCUUCCCUACAUACAAGCUGCCCUUGCCUUUGAGCUGCCCUUGCCUUUGAGCUGCCCUUCCCCUUCUCUCCCUGCCGCGGGUUUUCCCGGAUUGCUCCGGGCGUCUCUUAUCGUUAUCUUCGUUUUAAUUGCGUCCCCGUGUCCCCGCUGUCCGUCCUUGUGCCAUGAGCGGACUCUGUGGCCUGGCUAUGGAGGAAAAUAAACUCGGAUGAACUUUCACCCGCGUGGUCGCAUCUGUUCCGAUGCCUGCACGUGCACAGGUGCGGUCGCGCGUCACAAGUGGAGGAAUCCGCGUCGCCUACGGAAACCACUUUGUAAGAGAGGAUAGAUGAGUUUGAGUGUAAAUAGAACAAAGGGCAUUUGAGGAAUACAGGUGUCUUGAGACGGGUGCCAGAAUCCAUGCAGAAGCCCGCAAGAAGACACGGCCGGUGAGUUGGAGAUGCGACAAACGGCCACGCUGGGUGGGACCCGUGCAGGAUGGGUGAGGGCCCGUUGCCGAGACGGGCAUUGAAGCGGUCUCCACGUGCCCAAGGACCAAGGGCCAGGACCUCAGCGGGUGGUGGGAGACCGUGAGGGCAGAUCUCGGAAGUCGCCGCGUGUUCUACCCUGUAGCAGCAGCAGCAGCUGCUGCUGCUGUAAGGCUCGUACACGCUGGCAAGGAGGUUCGAUUGUAUCAACGACUUUAGCCGCACACGAUGACUUCUCGAUCUGGGUCUCUGAUAUCAUUAUGUCAUACAAUUUUUGUUCCUGGGUAGCAAGUGUUAUUUCGUAAUUGCUUAUGCCUAAAAAGUAUAGAAAAUGGCCUAUUAUUCCCCACAAACUUUGCUUUUGUUACCAGGACAGUGAUAUUUAGAAAUUGACCCUUUUUCAAUGAGA